AAUACGUUCGCCAGGUCACACACAAAUGCAAGUAUUGUUGCGUCGCACAUUACCACAGCCACAUCAAUUACCACCAACACCUCCCCAACCGCCAAAGUUAAUCAAAGCAUUAGUAAUAGUAGCAACAAUUAUUACAGCAGCAACAACAACAACAACAAAUCCACCGCCCUACCCUCACAAUCCCUAAUAAAUAACAAUCAACAAAACUCUAACUCAGUACACUACCAAGCCUCGAACGGUCUGGGUGCUGGCGGGGGAGGUCGUAGUAAUCAUGUUGGAAAACUUUUAAAUUCUGUAUCUGGCUUAGCGAUCACAAUGCAACAGCAAUUGAAUUCGAAUUCGAAUUCGAAAAAUAAUAACGCUCACCUGUUAUCACACCAACAUCAAAAACAACAGCUGGCAGCGAAUACGCUGCCGGAAACUCCGCCACAACAGCGGCAUCAACAAACCCUCCCACCGCCACCACAUCAAUCACACUCUUACGCUCAUAACAACAACAACAAUAAUAAUAAUAAUAGCAAUCUUAACCUAACUAACGUCGCACCCAAUAUGUCCAUCAAUCAUCUACAAAAACAACAGCAAACAUUCUCUGCAGCCAUACCCCACACACCACUUCAUAUCAAUGGCGCAUCAACAUCAGUAAGCGCUACAUCACAGGAGUCGCAAUCACAGCCUCAACAUAAACAGCAACAAUCAUCGGCUAUUGCCAACAACAGUAGUAAAAUCGCUGCUCCGGCUAUGUCAGCAACCAACAUGUUUUUUGUAAGACCAACAAAUCCAUCAUUGCAUAUUCGUGAAUUGCCACCAUUUGUACCAGUGCAGCUCUUCUAAAUCUCUAGGAGCUAUAAGGGGGCAGGGAUGAAAUGAAAAAAUUGCGUUUGAAACGUAACAGAAGAUUGUUACUAAUAACAACUAAAUUAAUAUAUUUACAAUUAAAACGUUGGUGGUUGCAUUCGUUUGCAUACAGAUGUGACCAAGUGCAUACAAGUAUACAUAUAGGCGCAUUCAUUUACAGAGCUGCUAACAAACAUACACACAUGCAUACAUAUAUACAUAUGUAACGGAUGAUUCACCAGUGAUCGAACAAAUGAAAUAUCAGUCUUGAUCAGCAAUUUAAUAUCAAGUAAAAAUAGAUUUCUAUGUAAAAAUCAACGAAAUAGGGAAAGUGUGAACGAAGUUGCAACAAGUAGAAAGAUUAAAAUACUACGUAAAAUCAAACCCACUUACUUACAUACAUAAAUUGUAUUUAUAUACAGACACAUGCAUACAUGGAUGCCUGCGGGAUUAUGUAUAAGACGCAUAUUUAUAAAAUAAGCUCUCUUAAAAAAAUGAUAUUUAUAUAUUUAUAUUCUUAAUGAAACUAAUAGAAAGAAAAAAAAUAUGGAAACAUUAAACAAUUUAAUACUAGAAUGGUUUAACGAAAGAGGCAAAUCUAGAGGGGAAAUAAUCAAAGAUGACAUGAAACAUGCAAACAGAAUUACUUUCAAAGAAUUUUUCAAAAUAAAUAGAAAAAAAAAAACAAUUAAAUGAAUAAAAAAAAUUAACAAACAUAAAAAAUAAUCAGAAAUUGGAUGUGUUAAAUAAAAGCCUAUUUAUUAAAUAUUUUGAGCUCAAUUUGCAAAUUAGUAGCUAAAAGUAUAAUACUAUAACGGCAUUAAAAUGGAAAAUUAAAUUAAAAAAGGACAAUUAAUUGACAAUGGCUAAUACAAGAGAAAAUCACGAAAAGCAUAAAAACGCAUGCAUCAACAUAUACAUACAUACAUACGUAUAUACAUAAUGAACUGAAUACUGAUUUACACACACACGUUGUAUGUUUUGCGAAUAAGGUAUUCUACUUUUGGUACUGGUACUGGAAUGGUAAUACGUUUUAUAAAGACACAAUUUACGUUUUGUUUAUAUAACAAUAGAUCGAAUUAAUCACAUAUUCUUUUUUUAUCUAAAAAUAAAUAAAUAAAAUAAAAUAAAACAAUAAUCAAAAAAUGUUAUGGGUAUUCAUUGAGAGCAGUAAAUUUACGCACAGCCAAACAAACAAACAAAAAAAAAUUGCUAUUAAAAUUAAUGUGAAAAGAAAAAUAUUGUCUGACAGUUCAGCUAUUAUGUAAAUUUUUUCUAUUUUUGAAAAUAUUUAUUAUGCUUAUUUCACUUUGAAAAGUGCGCUACAACAACAUAAUUUAAGUGAAUAAUAUUAAACGAUACAAUCUUAUGAGUUUUAAAAAUUCCUUAUGGACCAGAUUUUCAGUGCAAGAAUAACUGAGGUGAAGUUUUAAACUACAUUUGUGCAUAUGUAUAUGUAUAUAUGUAUGAAGGUAUAAGCCUGCUUAAAUGUACCUUUAAACUUAGUUUAGUUGGAAGGCACAUUUGAAUUUACACUCAAAAUUGGCCUCAAUGCAUUCCAUAGCAGGGAGUAUUUUUUCCCCCUUUUUUGAAAUGUUUGAUAUUUCCAAUGAUAGCUUUUUUCUGUGUACUUCUGCUGUAGCUAACGGAACACAAAACUAAAGGAUAAGCUGGAACCUACUUCUCGUUUAGUACCAAAAAAAUGUGCUCCUAUUUUCAAACUGAUCUUUGUUAGCGAUGGAUCUGUGCAUAUGCAUAUAUUUUCUUUGUUCCACAAUCUCACGUGUAUGAAUGCCACGAAUUUACUGAGAGUCGAGCAUUUGGUUAAAUUAAUGUGGAAAAUAUGUAUGUACACAAAACUUGAUUUAUGCGCAAUAAUCGCGCAUAAUUUUAUUGGAAUUAGUUUGUUCAUUUAAAACCUAUCUCGGGUGGUAGCUAUGAUACAUAUAAAACAAAGCAUAAAUAAUCGUUUGGCUACAAUUAUGUUGAAAAGAAAAAAAAUAUAUAUUUUCUCAAAAUUGGAAGUGAAGAGGGAGCAAGUAUUGUAGAGAAAAUAUGAUAUUGUGUUGCAAAUUUUCUUUUCAAGUUGAUACAAUUAAAAAAGGUAAACACUUUUCAAACAGUACAAACCCGUUUUGUAUUCCACAAUAAAUUUGAUUUUCCAAUCUUUAAAAUGUUUUUUUUUUUUGUUUUCACAAUAAAUUAAAGUGUAUGUAUGUACAAGACAAUUAAAAAAAAUUAUUGCUGGAAACAAUAAGCAAGACAGUCACACAGUCAUACACAAUACACAUAAAUAUAGUUUGUAACAAAAUCUUAAUAAAGCAUAAAGUUCUUAAUAAAUAUGAUACUUACAAGCAUAUAAAAUUAUAAAAAAAAUAUUACUGUAACACAUAUAUAAUUGAAAAAGAACAGAUAAAAGUAAACCAAGCAAUCGUUAAGUCGAUCUGGAAAAUAUGAAUAAAAGAUAUGCAUACAAUAUAUAGAAUGAAUAAAUAAUAAUAAUCGCUAUAUCGAUUAAAAAAGUAUAUGAAAAAAACUAAAUAUUACUUAUAAUAAUUGCAGCAGUGUUUAGUUGAAAAAAGUAUAAUUUUCUGCGCAUGAAAUGUGCAGCGUACUCUUAAUACGAUUUACGAUUUGUCGUUGAAGAAGGCCAAAAGUCUUUUGCUAUCUUUUGACUUACGUUUACAUAGUUCACGUAUCGAGUUUUGACUUCUUUUUCUGAAAUUGUGCUGCCCUGUGCAAUUAAUAAUAAACCUUACUCUACGAAAAAUAAAUGGUAUACAAUAAAAUAAAAAAUGUAUU